AUGAGGACUGCUGCAAGACCAACAAAACGUAGGGAUCGACUGGCUUGUGUAUCAUGCCGUCAAAGGAAGCUAAAAUGUGAUCGUGAAAGUCCCUGCGGCAGCUGUGUUCGCAGGAGAGACAUCACAUCAUGCACCUACGAAGUUUCCAUUACUAAUCUGGGACGCGACCGCGUCCACCGCACCCAGGCCCAGGCGCGCCUUGAACAUCUAGAGCACCUCGUUGGGUUACUUGCGAAACAACAUACAGCUACGAAUUCCGGAGCCCAGGAUGCCACCCCAUCUGCUGUAUUGUCACAAAACCCUAGCAGCGCGAUAAACACAGAUGCGUCACCUUCUUCAUCUGGUGACCUUUGUUACCAGGCCGGAAGUGGCACGACUCACUGGUCAGCCAUGUUGGAUGAUAUACAAGCUCUCAGAUCUACGCUCGAUUCAUUUAUUGAUGAUGACAAAUAUGAUCAAAAUGGCAGCGAUGCUCCCUUAGGAGCUGGAAUGGAAAUCGGCGUCAUGUUCGGUGUUGGUCUCUCUCAAGAUCUCAGUAUCGAGCAAGUACUCAAUAAUCAUCUCCCCUCGCGAAGGGAUGCAGACCGCCUGUUGUCUACAUACUUUCGAGUCCGGUUGCAUAUCACGCCAUAUAUACACUCCUUACAAUUUCGGAGGCAGUAUGAGGCAUUUUGGGACAACCCUACUGCAGCAUCGCCACUAUGGAUAUCGAUACUCUUUUCAAUGCUGUUCAUGGCCGCCAACGCGACUCGGACAGGUAGAGAAAUCGAGGUGCCAGGUCAUGGGUUUACAGUUGCUGCUGCCCAAUGUCUUGUUCUGGGCGAGUAUUUCCGCCCCAAAACGUUUUGUUUUGAAGCACUCCUGAUGUACGCCCAAUCCCACUACAUCACUUGUUUAGAAGUGACUCCAGAUUCGGCUAGCAUUCUUAGCAUGCUUGCCCAUAUCGCUACAGUUUCAGGAUACCACAGAGAGAACGGUGUUCCAAACUUGAGUCCCUUCGCUGCAGAGAUGCGACGCAGGGCAUGGAGCAUGUUCUUAGCGCUCGAUCUUCUGGUAUCGUUCCACUUAGGCCUGCCAUGCAGAAUCAACUUGUCAAUCUCGGACACACAGGCUCCAAGAAACUUACUCGACUCCGACUUUGACGAAUACACUAAUCGACUGCCUGACUCACGACCAGAUACUGAGAUGACCAGCGUCACAUUCUGUAUCCUGAAGCACAGAUUUAUGACGGUGUUUGAUAAGAUCCUUCAACAUGUUCUGGUGAAUCGUUCACACGAGGCAGAAGAAAACGACAUCGAAUCUCUGGACGCUGAACUAAAACAUUUAUACGACACCCUGCCGAAACCAUAUAAGCCGCGGCGAAUCGAAGCUUGUAUAACCGAUCAUCCUCAAUUGAUUGUAGCUCGUCUCUGUGUCUCGUUUGUAUACUACAAAUCUCUCUGCGUUCUACAUCGGCCACACAUUAUCAAAUUCCGAGACAAGAGCAUCCGAGAAUGCUAUGCCGCGUCAUCCGCCCUUGUGACAGAUCUCCUACGCGUUUAUGAGGAGUGUAAGCCAGGAGGCCAGCUGGAUACUGAAACGUGGCUUAUGAAGAGCAUCACCUGGCAUGAUUUCUUGCUUGGUGUAACUACAUUGUGUCUUGUUGCUUACGCAACGAAUAAGACCACGGAGGGAUUCAACAUUGAUCAGACAAGUACAAAACUUCUUUUGGAAAGAGCUGGAAUGGUGAUUCAAAAUGAGCAGGCAGAGGAUGGCGCGAGGGCUCGAUCGAAGGUUCUUUCAAUACUUGAACCUACCAUUUCGUACUUACGAGCGCAACUAAGCGACAGCAGCAUGAAUGUGCCGGCUGAUAUAUGGACGUUACCAUCCGCGGGCAACACGGAUACAUCAUCAAAUGGAACUGAGAAAUGGAACUGGAAAGUGGGUGAUACCCAGCUACCAACCGAAACCAAUUGGGACUAUCUCAAUGACCUAUUCAAUGCUUCUCAUUAUGAAGUGUUGACCGGGUUAGAUGUUUGA